AUGGUCUACUUUUUCAAGGCGAAAGUAACGGACGGAGAGUUGGGCGACUUGGGCUUUGAUGAUGCCUCUUCGGAACAUAUCAUCUACAUGGGAAAAGACAAGUACGAAAACGAUCCGUUGAUUCGCAAAUCCCACCCAAAAAACCUCUGGUUCCAUGUGGACAAGCAUUCGUCGGCACAUCUCUAUCUUCAGCUCAGCUCCGAGCAGCAGAGAACUAACUUUGACAAACUAAAGGUGGAUGAGGAUCUUUUGAUGCAAAUUGCGCAGUUGACCAAGGCGAACUCCAUCAAGGCUAAUAAGCUCAACAACAUCACAAUCAUCUAUACGCCUGUGGAGAACUUGAAGACAGACGGCCUGAUGGACACAGGUACGGUGACGUUUGUGAAUCCGCAAAAAGUGAAACGCGUCCAUGUGGCGAAGAAGGACAACUCUGUGGUGAACAAGCUCAACAAGACCAAAACGGAAGUUCUGACCGAAGACUUCAUUGCCGAGCAAGAGGCGCUUCUUCGACAAUGGCAACGAGAGAAGAAGGAGCACGAGCGCAAACUCGAGCAAAGCCGUGCAGCCGCAGCGAAAGAGUACGAACGACAAAAGGCCUUCAACAAGGACCCGUAUGCCGAAUUGUUCACGGAGGAAAAUCUUCGUGCCAGCAGCAACGAGUUCCGAAACGAAAACUGGGUGGAGGACGAGUUCUGGUAG